AUGAGACCCCAAAUGGAAAAGGUGCGAGCUUUCACUGAGGACAUGAGCGGGUCCUCAUGCUCAGACGAAUCAAGCGAGACGAUAUCCGAGUGUCUAGACAGUGACAACAAAAGUACCACUUUCACCAGCGACAAACUAAACUGGUUGACCGAGAAGCUCGAAGAUCUCACUUCUAAGCUCCAAUUUAUGCAGGACAAGCAUCAGACAUUCCAGGCGGAGAAUCAACGGCUACAGAAGGAGAUCCAACGCUUGCAGAAGCGCGCUGAUCCUCGUAUGGAGGAUCUGGGGUUUGAUCGUAUUUGGAUGAGGGAUCGGAUCCUUGCGGCUUAUGCUGUCGCGUUUGGGACUUAUUGGUUUAUUAGGGGGUUGGCUUAUCUUUAG